AUGAUGGCGGAUGCCAGCGACAUGUUGGCAGCUGCUCUUGAGCAGAUGGAUGGCAUUAUAGCAGGAUCCAAGGCUCUCGACUACUCCAAUGGGUUGUUUGAUUGUCAGUCGCCGAGCUCUCCUUUCAUGGGCAAUUUACGGGCUCUUCACCUUUUGGAAGACCUUAGAGGCAUCCUGGAGCUGCUGGACAAUGAUGGACGGAACAGUCUUCGCUGCCAAAUCCCUGACUCAACAGCUGAAAGUCUGGUCGAGUGGCUUCAGGGUCGCAUGUCCAAUGGGCACCUCUCUGUUGGAGGGGGUGACCACUAUCAAGAGAGGCUUACCCGACUUGAGAGUGAUAAGGAGUCCCUGGUGCUUCAGGUCAGUGUGCUAACCGACCAGGUGGAUGCUCAGGGGGAAAAGAUUCGGGACCUCGACUUGUGCUUGGAUGAGCACAGGGAGAAGCUCAACACAACAGAAGAAAUGCUACAACAGGAACUUUUGUGCCGAACAGCCCUCGAAAACCAAAAGAUGGAGCUUGUAUCUGAGUUGUCCAAUCUGAAGUUAAAACUAAAUUCCUUUCAGAAAGAGAGACUGGACUUUGAUGAACGAUUUCGGGACAGUGAGGAUUUAAUUCUGGAGUUGAAUGAGUUGCGAUACAGAAUGACUGAGCUGGAGAGUGAAAAGCAACAAUAUGAAAAGAAUCUUAAAACAACAAAGUCUUUAAUGGCCAAGCUUUCUAGCCAGAAAAUCAAAAUGGGCCAGAUGCAGUAUGAGAAACAGAGGAAGGAGAACAAAGUACAGGCUCUGAAGGAGGAGCUCGUCAAACUGAGAAGGCAACUAGAGGGCAAAGACAAAGAGGGCAAACUACAGGACGAGACGGGCUUCAAAGUCAUGGCCUCAAGCAGUAUUGAUCCUACUGAGAGAGAUGAAACUCUUAGAAAGAGGCUGAAGGAAAAACAUGUGGAAGUGCAGCGAAUGAAGAAAGCGGUUGAAUCGUUGACAGUGGCAAAUGAACAGAAGGACCAUAAGAUUGAGGAACUCAAGCAGUCACUGAUGAGGUACAAGAAAGUUCAAGACAUGGUGAUGUCAGUGCAAGGAAAAAAAGAGAUUUCUAAUGAGAAUGUGGGGUGUCAUGCUGAUGGCUCCACUUCAUGCUUGUCAUCAAACUAUGUUUCUACAGACCCAAAUGAGCUUACAGAUGGUGAAGAGCAAAGGAAAAACCCAAAUGAGCUGGAGAUCCUCAACGGGCUCUGUGAGGAUGGUUCACCCUCGUCCAGCUCUUCUUAUCGUGAGCAAGCCACAGACCCUUCAGCUACAGAUGUGGAUAGUGGUCAAGAUACAAGCAAGUCUGUCGGCCAUGAACUUGUGGAACGAAGCAAUACGGAUAAGAACACACGUGUGGACAUCACACAAACGGUUGACAAGCCACCAGCAAGUUCCCCCGCAGUCUCGCUUAUAACCACAGAUGACGACAGCUUUGGCUCCAAAAAGGCCCGCUCAUCUUUCGGAAAGGGCUUCUUCAAGCUACGUGGAGGCAGGAAGACUGGAAAUUCCCAGAAUCUUGACCGCAGCCGCAGUGCGAGCGCACCUAUGCUAGCUGAGACUGAGCGGCAAGGCACUGAUCACCUAGAUCUGGCCGGGCUGCCUCAGAGGUCGGCCAACAGCGACAGCACUCACACUCUUCCCACCACCCCAGAUGACAAGAAGAAGUCAAAAGGAAUUAAGAAACUAUUUGGCAAACUUAAGAGAAGCCAGUCCACAACAUUUAACCUAGAUGACAACCCGCCAGUUGGGGAUUUUAAAAGAGGGGGAGUGCGAGCCACAGCUGGACCAAGACUAGGUUGGUCUCGUGACUUCCAGCGAGUCAACAAUGACGUGGAUGCCCCCUUCGCACGCUGGUCGAAGGACCAGGUAUGUGACUGGCUGCAAGAGCAAGGUCUUGGCCUGUACGUCAACAUGGCACGUGUGUGGAUCUCCUCAGGACAGACCUUGCUUCAGGCCUCCCAACAGGACCUGGAAAGGGAGCUGGGCAUCAAAAACCAGCUGCACCGGAAGAAGCUGCAGCUGGCUCUGCAGGCUCUUGGCUCAGAGGAAGAAGAUAACAAGGGAAAGCUAGACUACAACUGGGUGACAAGGUGGCUGGAUGACAUCGGGCUGCCACAGUACAAAACCCAGUUUGAUGAGGGAAGAGUAGAUGGUCGCAUGCUGCACUACAUGACAGUGGAUGACUUGCUUUCUAUGAAGGUGGGGAGCGUCCUGCACCACCUCAGUAUCAAAAGAGCCAUCCAAGUACUGCGCCUCAACAACUACGAGCCAAACUGUUUGCGGCGCAGACCAUCUGAUGAGAACAAUAUUACACCUGCAGAGAUUUCUCAAUGGACCAACCACAGGGUCAUGGAGUGGCUGCGCUCCGCCGAUCUGGCCGAAUACGCUCCCAAUCUGAGAGGAAGUGGCGUGCACGGAGGCUUGAUGGUGCUAGAGCCUAGAUUUAAUGUGGAGACCAUGGCCCUAUUGUUGAACAUACCCCCCAACAAGACGCUACUGCGUCGACACUUGGCAACACAUUUCAACCUGCUUGUUGGUUCAGAAGCACAGCAACUCAAACAAGAAUGUCUAGAAAACCCGGAUUACACUCUACUGACGGCCACCACCAAGGUCAAGCCGAGGAAACUGUCGUUCGGUAACUUCAGCAGUCUCAGGAAGAAAAGGCAGGAGGAGAACGAGGAAUACGUUUGUCCAAUGGACGUGGAGAUGCCAAAAGGACGAAGUUUUCAAAAAGGCUUUGAGCUCCAGAUUUAUGAGGAUGACCUCGAUAGACUGGACCAUAUGGAUGACUCCGAGGGAACUGUCAGACAAAUUGGCGCUUUCUCUGAAGGAAUCCAGAACCUGACGAGCAUGCUGAAAGAAGACGAAUUUUUCAAGGAGAUGUCCCACUCCCCCAACCCCAGCGUGACAGAUGACGAUUCCACUGCCUGA